AACAAAAGGCUUCGAUUUCUCGUUCUCGUUUCUCGUACUGCUGUUUCAACUAACUUUGUUAAGCUAUGCCAAAGAAAACUAGCGCUCUCUCUCUCUCCCUUGUUUGUAGACACACAGUGAAACAGUGCGUGGAGCGGUCCCGGGCCAGUGAACAGGAGAACGAAGUGAAGUGAAACUAAAAGUGCACAGUAAGGGCCGAAAGCGGACGACAAAAUGGGUCUACUGCUUGCCAUCGGCAUUCCGGUGGCCCUGCUGCUGGCCAUCUUCUACUUCAUGAAAUCGUCGAAGGAGAUGCCCAAGAACUGGCCGCAGAUGGUGUGCGAGAUACGGAUGCAAAUCUGCGGCUUCCAGGCGCUGCUGGAUGACUUCAUUAUGCGGCCACGGAAUAAAGUCGAGCUCUACAAACAACCGGGCAAGAUCGCCCUCAUCACCGGUGGCAACCGUGGCAUCGGGCUGCGCAUCGUGAAGAAGCUGGUCGAGUGCGAAAUCGAAGUCAUACUCGGAGUCCGCAAUCCAAUCGAUUCCCGGAAGGCGGUCGAAAAGUAUCUGGAGCACGCCAAGAUACCGCUGGCCGGCUGCAAACUACACUACGAGCAACUGGACAUCGGCAGCAUGAAGUCGGUGCGCGAGUUUGCAGCCAAAAUUUCGUCCAAGUUUAACAAAAUCCAUCUCCUCAUCAACAAUGCCGGCGUGAUGAGCGUGCCGUUCAAGCUGACAAACGACGGGUUCGAGUCGCACAUGGCCAUCAACUACUACGGACACUUCCUGCUGACGCAUCUGCUGCUGCCGCAGCUGAAGGCAGCCGGAACGACCACCAGCAAGGCACGCGUCGUCAACGUUUCGUCCUGCGUGCACAAAAUCGGCGAGAUAGACUAUCAGGACAUCAACAAGGUCAAAAACUACUAUCCGGCCGACGCGUACAACCAGAGCAAACUGGCGCAGGUCCUGUUCGCCAAGCACCUGAACCUGGUGUUCGAGGAGGAAGGCCUGCCGGUGCUGGCCAACUCGCUGCACCCGGGCGUCGUCAACACGGAUCUGUUCGAGCACUCGAGCACCAACUACAUCCCGUGGAUCCGCGCGCUCCUCUUCAAGAGCCCGGAGGAAGGCUCGCGCACCGUUGUUUACGCGGCCAUCGCGCCCGCCAUGGAGGCCCGCGGUGGAGCCUACGUGAGCAACUGUCGCGAGGCCGGCAGCCACCGUCACUGGAAAAACUCGGUCCAGUGCGAAAAGCUGUUCUCCGUCACCUGUGAUAAGCUCGGCAUUACCGAUUUCUUCCACAAGUCGCCCUAACCGGUGGCGCCGAAGUGACUCACAGCGGGUCGGUGGCAAUGGUUUACACGUACACUU